AUGAGUGCCUCUGCGGCCACCGGGGUGUUCGUGCUGUCCCUCUCAGCCAUCCCGGUCACCUACAUCUUCAACCACCUGGCGGCCCAGCACGAUUCCUGGACCAUUGUUGGGGUUGCUGCCCUCAUCCUGCUCCUGGUGGCCCUUUUGGCUCGGGUCCUCGUCAAAAGAAAACCACCACGGGACCCUCUGUUUUACGUGUAUGCGGUGUUCGGAUUUACCAGCGUGGUGAACCUCAUCAUAGGCUUGGAGCAAGAUGGCAUCAUUGAUGGGUUUAUGACUCACUACCUGAGAGAGGGUGAACCGUAUCUGAACACGGCCUAUGGGCACAUGAUCUGCUAUUGGGAUGGCUCUGUUCAUUACCUGAUGUACCUGGUGAUGGUGGCCGCCAUCGCAUGGGAGGAGAGCUACAGAACCAUCGGCCUGUAUUGGGUCGGAUCCAUCAUCAUGAGCAUCGUGGUCUUUGUGCCCGGAAACAUUGUAGGAAAAUAUGGAACACGGAUUUGCCCUGCAUUUUUCUUAAGCAUACCAUAUACGUGUCUUCCAGUCUGGGCUGGCUUCAGGAUCUACAGUCAGCCAUCAGAAAACUAUAAUUAUCCCUCAAAGGUUCUUCAAGAAGCCCAAGCGAAGGCCCUCCUGAGAAGACCAUUUGACCUCAUAUUGGUUGUGUGUCUUUUCUUGGCGACUGGAUUUUGCCUGUUCAGAGGCCUGAUUGCUUUGGACUGCCCAGCUGAGCUCUGCCGACUCUACGCACAGUUUCAAGAGCCCUACCUAAAGGACCCUGCUGCCUAUCCUAAAAUUCAGAUGCUGGCGUACAUGUUCUAUUCUGUCCCUUACUUUGCGAUUGCACUGUAUGGCUUGGUGGUCCCCGGAUGCUCAUGGAUGCCCGACAUAACACUGGUCCACGCUGGAGGUCUAGCUCAGGCGCAGUUUUCCCACAUUGGUGCUUCUCUCCAUGCUAGAACUGCUUAUGUCUACAGAGUCCCCGAAGAAGCAAAAGUCCUGUUUUUAGCCUUAAACAUAGCAUACGGCGUUCUUCCUCAGCUCUUGGCCUACCGCUGCACCUACAGUCCCGAGUUCUUCAUGAGAACAAAGGCAGAUGAGAAGGUGGAAUAACUACACCUCACGUUAUCUCUGGUCCUGUUAGAUGGAACGGAUGCUCUACUCAUUCCCAUCCAUGAUAACACGAGAAUCAGACUCGUGCUCUGCGGCGUGGGUGUGAGUGGGAAUAAGGGCAUGUGUAUGGUAUAUUCUCUCUGUUGAAGGGAAACUGAAGGUGAGCAACGGCCUGUUAAAGAAAUAUGUCAAAAUCUGUUUGUGAAUGUGACCAUGGAUCUUAACAUUGCACAUACUGUGUGAAAAUUACAACUCCGGUGCCUACAAAUAGCACAGAAUCAAACUAUUCAGAAGUGACUAACCAUAUUCACUAUGCACACGAAAGAACUCAAAACAGCAAAUACAGGUUGGAGAAAUAACUUCUUCACAUGAAAUGUACAACUCAUUGACAACCUUAUAUAAAUGCCAGAUUAGCAUAAUAUUCUUAAGUUGUCUGAAGUGUCUUCAUAAGGAAAGUACAUUACUGUUGUUUUAAAAAGUUGCUAUCCAAACUUCCAUUGUGAAUUUAAAUAGCUGACACAAAUCAACCUUAUUAGUAUCCUUAAUGGAUACUUGUUUUACUGGUGGCUGGUAAUAUUUCUCUUCUGUGUAUACUUUCAACAAAAUUAUUUUUGUUGUUUUAUGAAGACAAACUUUAUUAAAUUUGAAGCAUUUGAUGUAUACAUUUCAUGACAAAUUUUGAACUUUUUAUUUAAGAAAUCUGUUAUAUGUUCCAAUUUAAAAUGUUAUCCACAUUCUCCAUAUGUUUUAGUGUGAUCAAUGAAGAGGUCUUCUGGCGAAUUUCACUAAUUUUAGAAUAAAAUAUUUAAAAUUAAAAAGUACCUUUUAAAGUUAAAACCUGAUGUGGCACCCUGUCUCUUAAUGAACUUUCGGUAUUUGGAACUGUGUGCGAACAACAGAGAAACCACUAAUUGCUGAAUGACAGAAACAAGCCGAAAGCACAGUAGCCUCCUCGGUAUGCCCUGAAGGAGUAACUCCCCCAGCCCAGCAUCACCUUCAUCAUCACGACACUGGGCUUUUAGAUCUUCAUAUAUUUUGUCUUCAUGUUCAUUUGUUCUUCAAUAAAAUAAGAAACCAAAAGAAAGUGAUGCACAUAAG